AUGGCUUCUCGAUUUCGGCAGCUUCGAAUCCUUGUGUGGAAGAAUUGGCUUGGUGUCAAAAGACAGCCGCUUUGGACACUUGUCUUGAUCUUAUGGCCAGUCAUUAUUUUCAUAAUUUUGGCUAUUACCCGGACCAAAUUUCCUCCAACAGCAAAAGCAACCUGUUAUCUUGCGCCUCGAAACCUUCCUAGCACGGGCUUCUUCCCAUUCCUGCAGACUCUACUCUGCGACACAGACUCUAAAUGCAAAGACACGCCCUACGGACCACAAGAUCUGCUUCGCAGGAAAGGGGUCAGUGAUGCCCUAUUCAAGGACAGGGAAAUUUUGAGAAAGUCAUCCAACUUGGAGAAGGAUAGUGAUUUAUCACUCCAGAGUACCCCAGUUCCAGAGAGAAGGCACGCAUCACUGGCCACAGCAUUUCACAGUCCAAGUUCUAAUUUGGAAAGCUUUGAGACAAAUACCUUGAAUGGCAGUCAAGUGCUCUCAUGGAUCCUUGGCUUAGAAAAGCUGUUACAGCAAAAUUCAACUUCGGAAGAUAUACGGAGAGAACUGUGUGAGAGCUAUCCAAGAUACAAUGAGGAGAUUUCCUUUUCUUGGAUCACAGUGGGAAAAAAUGUUUUUAACAAAUUUUGCUUUUCCAACAUGACACUUCUAGAUUCUUCUCUUCAAGAACUAAAUAAACAGUUCUCUCAGUUAUCAAGUGACCCCAACAAUCAGAAGCUGGUGUUCCAGGACCUGGUCCGAGUGCUUUCGUACUUCUCACAAGUGCAGGAGCAGACAGAGUUGUGGCAGUUCCUCUUGAGUGUUCCAAGUGCGUUUCAGAAUGAAACAUCACUAAGCAACCUGUUUGACAUUCUUCGAAAGGCCAAUGGGGUGCUGCUGGCUGUGCAGAAGGCUUACCCACGUGUUGAAACUAACGAAGGCUUCAGAACCAUCCAGAAGUCUGUUAAACAUCUGCUGUACACUCUGGACUCCCCUGUCCCAGGUGAUUCUGUUAACUCAACAUCUGUGUGGCAUGAAGAUGAUGGGCAAAUGCUCUCGCCAAGCAGUCUGGCUGCACAGCUCCUGAUCCUGGAGAACUUUGAAGAUUCUCUCUUAAAUUUAUCGGCAAAUAGUCCUUAUCUUCCUUAUUUGGUCUGUGUGAAAAAUAUCACUGACAAUUUGGCCAAUGGUUCAGAAGAAAAUCUAAGACUCCUCCAAUCCACAAUCCGAUUUAAACAAUCUUUUCUUCAAAAUGGCUCCUUUGGGGAUUACUUGCUUCUAGUUCCUGAAGUUUUAAAAUCAAAACUGUCUCAACUUCAGAACCUGACGAAGCUUCUUUGUGAAUCUGAGACUUUCAAUUUAAUAGAAAAGUCAUGCGUGCUCUCUAAUGUGAGCUUUAGGGGCCUGUGUGAAGAGAGUGUGUUUCACGUGCAGCUCCUCGAAGCAGCGGAACUGGGCACUGAACUAGCAACGGGAUUGCUGUGCCAUGACAAUAUCCUAUCUAAGAAACUGAGGGAUUUGCUGACUGGGGAUCCCAGUAAAAUUAAUUUAAAUAUGGAUCAGUUUCUAGAAGAGGCGUUGCAAAUGAAUUACUUGGAAAAUAUAACUCAGCUGAUACCAACAAUUGAAGCCAUGCUGCAUGUCAAUAACAGUGCAGAUACUUCUUCAAAACCAGGUCAGCUAAUUGAAAUGUUUAAAAAUAUUGAAGAGCUUAAAGAAGAACUCAGGAGAACAACAGGAAUGUCCGACAACAGCAUUGACAAGUUGCUAGCUAUUCCCAUCCCUGAUAACAGAGCUGAGAUUAUUUCGCGGGUGUUCUGGUUGCAGUCUUGUAAUACUAACAUCACCAAUCCCAAACUGGAAGAGGCCUUGAAGGAAUUCUGCAGCCUGCCUCUCCCAGAAAGAUCCCGUCAGUCUUACCUCAUUGCACUCACUCUUCUUCAUUACUUGGAUAUUUAUAACUUCACAUACAAGGUGUUGUUCCCUAGAGAAGAUCAACAACCUGUAGAAAAGAUGAUGGAACUCUUCGUAAGACUGAAAGAAAUUCUCAACCAGGUGGCUUCUGGCACACAUCCGUUGCUAGAAAAAAUGAGAUCCCUGAAUCAAAUGCAUCUGCCUAGAAGUGUUCCAUUGACACAGGCAAUGUAUAGAAGCAACAGAAUGAGCACGCCCCAAGGAUCUUUUACUACCAUCUCCCAAGCCUUGUGCUCCCAAGGAAUCACCACGGAUUAUCUAAUUGCCAUGCUCCCCUCUUCCCAGAAGCCAAAAGGCAACCACACCAAAGAUUUUUUGACUUACAAAUUAAGCAAAGAACAAAUCGCUGCUAAGUAUGGAAUUCCCCUACAUACCACACCAUUUUGUUUCUCCCUUUAUAAAGACAUCAUUAACAUGCCAGCUGGACCUGUGAUUUGGGCUUUCUUGAAACCUAUGCUGUUGGGAAGGAUUUUGUAUGCUCCAUAUAACCCAAUUACAAAGGCGAUCAUGGAAAAGUCCAAUGUAACUCUGAGGCAGCUGGCAGAAUUAAGAGAAAAAUCUCAAGAGUGGAUAGAUAAGUCGCCAAUCUUCGUGAAUUCCUUCCAUCUGUUAAACCAGGCAAUUCCAGUGCUCCAGAAUACUCUAAGGAACCCCUUUGUGCAAGUUUUUGUGAAAUUCUCCGUGGGACUUGAUGCUGUUGAACUCUUGAAGCAGAUAGAUGAGCUCGACACUCUGAGGCUGAAACUAGAAAACAACCUUGACAUCAUUGAUCAGCUUAACACACUAUCCUCCCUGACAGUAAAUGUUUCCUCUUGUGUGUUGUAUGACCGUAUUCAAGCAGCAGAAACUAUAGAUGAAAUGGAGAGAGAGGCUGAAAGGCUCUCUAAAAGCAAUGAACUCUUUGGAAGUGUUAUUUUUAAGCUUCCUUCUAACAGAAGCUGGCACAGAGGUUAUGACUCUGAAAAUGUCUCUCUUCCUCCUGUCAUAAAAUACACCAUUCGCAUGAGUCUCAAGACCGCACAGACCACCAGAAGCCUGAGGACCAAGAUCUGGGCCCCGGGACCACACAACUCUGCAUCAAACAACCAGAUCUACGGCAGGGCGUUUGUUUAUUUACAGGACAGCAUCGAAAGAGCCAUCAUAGAGCUGCAGACUGGCAGGAACUCCCAAGAGGUUGCAGUCCAGCUCCAGGCAAUCCCUUACCCAUGCUUCAUGAAAGACAAUUUCCUAACCAGUGUCUCUUACUCACUUCCAAUUGUGCUCAUGGUUGCCUGGAUUGUAUUUAUAGCUGCUUUUGUAAAAAAACUUGUUUAUGAGAAAGAUCUCCGGCUUCAUGAGUACAUGAAGAUGAUGGGUGUGAACUCCUGCAGCCAUUUUUUUGCCUGGCUUAUAGAAAGUGUUGCAUUUUUACUGAUUACCAUCACGAUCCUCGUCAUUAUUCUCAAGUUUGGCAAUAUUCUUCCUAAAACAAACGGAUUCAUUUUGUUCCUGUAUUUUUCGGACUACAGCUUUUCGGUUAUUGCCAUGAGCUAUCUUAUCAGUGUCUUCUUCAACAACACCAACAUUGCAGCUCUGAUUGGAAGCCUCAUCUAUGUCAUUGCCUUUUUUCCAUUUAUUGUUCUGAUUACAGUGGAGGAUGAGUUGAGCUAUGUAUUGAAAGUAUUUGUGAGCCUGCUGUCCCCAACAGCAUUCAGCUACGCCAGUCAAUACAUUGCGCGUUAUGAGGAACAAGGCAUUGGUCUUCAGUGGGAAAACAUGUACAGUUCUCCAGUGCAGGAUGACACUAUAUCAUUUGGCUGGUUAUGCUGUCUAAUCCUGGCUGACUCCUUCAUUUAUUUCCUUAUUGCUUGGUAUGUCAGGAAUGUUUUCCCAGGGACAUACGGUAUGGCAGCCCCGUGGUAUUUUCCAAUCCUUCCUUCCUAUUGGAAGGAGCGAUUUGGAUGUGCAGAGGUGAAACAUGAGAAAAGCAAUGGCCUAAUGUUUACUAACAUCAUGAUGCAGAAUACCAACCCAUCUGCCAAUAAGACAAGUCCUGAAUACAUGUUUCCUUCCAACAUUGAGCCUGAACCUAGAGACCUCACGGUUGGGGUAGCCCUGCACGGUGUCACGAAGAUGUAUGGCUCAAAAAUUGCAGUUAAUAACCUCAAUUUAAACUUUUAUGAAGGCCAUAUUACUUCAUUGUUAGGACCCAAUGGAGCUGGGAAAACUACAACCAUCUCCAUGUUAACUGGACUAUUUGGAGCCAGUGCAGGCACCAUCUUUGUGUAUGGAAAAGAUAUCAAAACAGACCUAGAUACAGUCCGGAAGGAUAUGGGGGUUUGCAUGCAGCACGAUGUCUUGUUCAGCUAUCUUACUACCAAGGAACACCUUCUUCUGUACGGCUCCAUCAAAGUUCCUCACUGGACAAGAAAGCAGCUCCAUGAGGAAGUGAAAAGGACUUUAAAAGAUACUGGACUGUAUAGUCAUCGUCAUAAACGAGUUGGAACACUGUCCGGAGGAAUGAAGCGCAAGUUAUCCAUAUCCAUAGCUCUCAUAGGUGGAUCAAGGGUAGUAAUUUUGGAUGAGCCAUCCACUGGAGUGGAUCCCUGUUCUCGCCGAAGUAUAUGGGAUGUCAUAUCUAAGAACAAAACUGCCAGAACAAUCAUUCUGUCAACGCACCACCUGGAUGAAGCUGAAGUGCUGAGUGACCGCAUUGCCUUCCUGGAGCAGGGUGGGCUCAGGUGCUGUGGCUCCCCUUUUUAUCUUAAAGAAGCCUUUGGGGAUGGCUACCAUCUCACGCUCACCAAGAAGAAGAGUCCAAAUCUCAGCGCCAAUGCGGUCUGUGACACGAUGGCUGUGACAGCGAUGAUCCGAUCACACCUCCCAGAAGCCUACCUCAAGGAGGAUAUUGGGGGAGAGCUGGUUUAUGUGCUCCCUCCUUUCAGCACUAAAGUCUCAGGAGCUUACUUGUCCCUCCUAAGAGCACUGGACAGGGGCAUGGGCAGCCUCAACAUCGGGUGCUAUGGCAUUUCAGACACCACCGUGGAAGAGGUCUUUCUGAACUUAACUAAAGACUCACAAAAAAGUACUGAUAUGAGUCUGGAGCACUUGACACACAAAAAAAUUGGGAAUUCCAGUGCCAAUGGCAUCUCAACCCCUGAUGAUUUAUCUGUGAGCAGCAGCAAUUUCACAGACAGAGAUGACAAAACCCUGACGAGAGGAGACAGGCUGGAUAGUGUGGGGCUGCUACUGAAGAAGAUAAUGGCCAUCUUCAUCAAGAGGUUCCACCACACUCGCAGGAACUGGAAAGGUCUCAUUGCACAGGUCAUCCUUCCCAUUGUCUUCGUGACCACUGCCAUGGGCCUCGGCACGCUGAGACAUUCCAACAAUGACUACCCCGAGAUCCAGAUCUCCCCCUCUCUCUACGGCACCUCAGAUCAGACAGCCUUCUACGCGAAUUCUCACCCAAGUACAGAGGCACUGGUCUCAGCAAUGUGGAGCUUCCCUGGCAUUGACAACCUGUGUUUGAACACCAGUAACCCGCAAUGCUUAAACAGAGACAGUCUGGGAAAAUGGAACACCAGUGGAGAAUCUAUUACUAAUUUUGGUGUCUGCUCCUGCUCAAAACAUGUCCAGGAAUGUCCUGAAUUUGAUUAUUCUCCGCCUCAUAGAAGAACUUAUUCUUCUCAAGUAAUUUAUAACCUCACUGGGCACCGCCUGGAAAAUUAUCUUAUAUCAACCGCAAAUCAGUUUGUCCAGAAAAGAUAUGGAGGUUGGAGUUUUGGGUUGCCCUUGACUACAGACCUUCGUUUUGAUGUAACAGCAGUUCCUGCCAAUAGAACACUUGCCAAGGUAUGGUAUGAUCCAGAGGGCUACCAUUCCCUGCCAGCUUACCUCAACAGCCUGAACAACUUCCUCCUGCGAGUUAACAUGUCCGAACAUAACGCUGCCCGACAUGGUAUCAUCAUGUAUAGCCAUCCUUAUCCUGGUGUACAAGACCAAGAACAAGCUACAAUCAGCAGUUUAAUCGAUAUUUUAGUGGCGCUGUCCAUCUUGAUGGGCUACUCUGUCACAACGGCCAGCUUUGUCACCUAUGUUGUAAGGGAACAUCAGACUAAAGCCAAGCAACUGCAGCACAUCUCAGGCAUCGGUGUGACAUGCUACUGGGUGACAAACUUCAUCUAUGACAUGAUCUUCUACUUGGUACCUGUAGCAUUUUCAAUUGGUGUCAUUGCAAUUUUCAAGUUACCUGCCUUCUAUAGUGAAAACAACCUAGGUGCUGUAUCUCUCCUGCUUCUGCUGUUUGGGUAUGCAACAUUUUCUUGGAUGUACCUACUGGCUGGGCUCUUUCACGAAACAGGAAUGGCUUUUAUUACUUAUGUUUGUGUCAACCUGUUUUUUGGCAUCAAUUCCAUCGUUUCCCUGUCAGUGGUAUACUUUCUUUCCAAGGAAAAGCCUAAUGAUCCGACUUUAGAACUGAUUUCUGAAACCCUGAAACGCAUUUUCCUGAUUUUCCCACAAUUCUGUUUUGGCUACGGUUUGAUUGAACUUUCUCAACAACAGUCGGUCCUAGACUUCUUAAAAGCAUAUGGAGUGGAAUACCCAAGUGAAACUUUUGAGAUGGAUAAACUGGGAGCAAUGUUUGUGGCUUUGGUUUCCCAAGGCACCAUGUUCUUUCUCUUACGACUCCUGAUCAAUGAGUGGUUAAUAAAGAAAAUCAGACUCUUCUUCAGGAAAUUUAAUUCUUCACCUGGAAUGGAGACAAUGGAUGAAGACGAAGAUGUGCAAGCUGAGAGAUUAAGAGUGGAGAACGGUGCAGCUGAAUUUGACCUGGUCCAACUCCACCGUCUCACAAAGACUUACCAGCUUAUCCACAAAAAGAUUGUAGCUGUAAACAACAUUAGCAUUGGGAUACCUGCUGGAGAGUGCUUUGGCCUUCUUGGGGUGAAUGGAGCAGGAAAGACCACCAUAUUCAAGAUGCUGACUGGAGACAUAAUUCCUUCAAGUGGAAACAUUCUCAUCAGAAAUAAGACUGGAUCUCUGGGUCGCGUUGAGUCCCACAGCGCAUUAGUUGGCUACUGCCCCCAAGAAGAUGCUCUUGAUGACCUGGUGUCCGUGGAAGAACACCUGUAUUUCUACGCCAGGGUUCAUGGAAUUCCAGAAAAGGAUAUUAAAGAAACUGUUCAUAAACUCCUUAGGAGACUUCACCUGAUGCCCUACAAGGACAGACCUACCUCUAUGUGCAGUUAUGGAACAAAAAGAAAAUUAUCCACUGCACUGGCCUUGAUAGGAAAACCUUCUAUUCUUCUUCUGGAUGAGCCAAGCUCGGGCAUGGAUCCUAAGUCAAAACGGCACCUCUGGAAGAUCAUUUCUGAGGAAGUCCAGAGCAAGUGUUCUGUCAUCCUCACAUCUCACAGCAUGGAGGAAUGUGAAGCUCUCUGCACUAGGCUAGCCAUCAUGGUGAAUGGAAGAUUCCAGUGUAUUGGGUCUUUACAGCACAUAAAGAGCAGGUUUGGACGUGGAUUUACUGUCAAGGUUCACUUGAAGAAUGACAAAGUAAGCAUGGAGACCCUCACAAGAUUCAUGCAGCUGCACUUUCCAAAAACAUACUUAAAAGAUCAGCAUCUUAGCAUGUUAGAGUAUCAUGUACCAGUGACAGCGGGAGGAGUAGCGAACAUUUUUGAUCUGCUGGAAACUAACAAGGCUGCUUUAAAUAUUACUAAUUUCCUAGUGAGUCAGACCACUCUGGAAGAGGUUUUCAUCAAUUUUGCCAAAGACCAAAAGUCCUAUGAAACUACUGACACAAGCAGCCAAGGUUCCACCAUUAGUGUUGACUCACAGGACGACCGGUUAUAACAACUGCAACUCCAGACAACUCCAUCCCAGCUGAUGAAGAACAGUUUCCCUUGGAGGAAG